CCCGACGCGGGGCUCGAACUCACGGACCACAAGAUCAUGACCUGAGCCGAAGUCGGACGCUUAACCAACUGAGCCACCCAGGCGCCCCGACCCUUAGGUUUUUUAAAUGUUAGGAUAUCAAAAUCAUAAUACCACGAGCAAUGUUUUCCAACAUUUUUAAAACCAGGAGUACCUGUAUAGCAAAUGGAACCUUAUGUUAAUCCCCUCUACGUAAAAGAGAGGAAAGCAAUAUUUUAUUGGUAUGCCUUUACUGUAUUUUGUAAGUUCAUGUCUUUAGCAUUUACUUAUUAUAUGUCAGUCACUGAAACCAUAAGUCAAUAUUGAUGGCCUCCAACGAGUAAAGUGUUUAUAUAUGACCUGUGACUGUGGACGCUGUCUUUCAGUGCAUUAAAGAUAGUCUGAAUACAGCAUAAGAGUGAAACUUGCCCCACAUGCCAGCAGACAGAUGCCCCAGUGUAGUUAGUGCCCGGUUCACAAAGCCGUGCCCUGGGGCGAGAUUCUGGAGUCUUGGGAAAUACCAGCAUGCCCCUCCCUGCCGGUGGCCUCCAGCUGGUCGGGUCAUUCGUCAUCACCCACCUCCUAAUUGUACUGGCUGCUCUGGCUUCCAGAGGGCUUUCGCCAGCAUCUUAGACUCUUGCAUGAGCCUGAGCCUGGUGGAUCGGGCCGGGCAGGUCUUCUGAGCUCUCCUACUCCCACAAGGCUCAGGGGUCACUUGCCCGGGGCCACACCCCUAAGAGAAGACAGAGCUGAGAGGACAUCUCAAGCCUCAGACCACAAGCCCAUUUCAAGUCCAUCUCUACUUCAUCAGAUCCUCUCUCCAAGCCUCAGCUUGCGCAUCUGUCACAGAGGUCUGAGAACACUCCUGAACUCACAAACCUCAGGCUCUGUGCCCCACGGGCCUCACAGGAGGGGACAGUGAGAAUCAGCAGGUCAAGGGCCCGGGCUCUGCAAUCAGGCAAUUCCGGCUCUCCCUGUUACCAGCUGGGUGACCCGCUGUCAGAGCCCUGCCGUGUUCCUGGGGCCUCGCCACGUCAGCGGCUCCUGCCAACCUCCGUGUCUCUAUUUGAAGGCUUCCUCUGAAGUCUCGGUUGGUCACCUGUAUCCCCAGCAGCCUCGGCCUGGACUCUCAGGGGUUGGUGUACAAACGCCCCGGCUCCUUUCUCUCGGGUGACAGAACUCUGAGGCGUGUGCCUGACACCCUUCCCCAGAGUUCCCCAGCAGGGCUCAGCAGCUGGCCUAAGAAUACCCUUUAGUGACCCUGGCUCCCUCAUUCCUCACAUGGGGCCCCCCGUGUCUCCCAAAUAAACUCCUUGUGCUUGGACCCUCGUCUCGGGGGCUCUCUGGGUGAACUCCAACUCCCCCAGGUAAGUUACUUACCUUCUCUGUGCCUCCAUUUUCUCAACCAUAAAGUGGGGAGAACCACUGAGCAUUCCUCUAGGGUGAUGGUGAUGGUGUCAGAAGACUGUGUAGGUGCUAAGUGCCGGGCCCGUGCCUGACGCUUAGCAAGUAAGUGCACGGGGGAUGGUGAUGAGGUUCCCAUGACAUACCUGUGGGAGCAGCACGUUGGGGGGUGUCCGGUUCCCAAGGGAAGGGGUCCAGGGGAUCACGGGGAGAAAGAAAGGUCAGUUAAGAAGGGCUUCCUUGCAGAUGUGUGUGGCGGCGUCCUGACGGGCCUUUCGGGGGUCCUCACCAGCCCCGAGUACCCCGACAGCUACCCCAACAACGUGGAGUGCCGCUGGGUGAUCCGGGCCGCCGGCCCCGCCACUGUCAAGCUGGUGUUCGCGGACUUCCAGAUGGAGGGCAAUGAGGAGUGCACCUAUGACUACGUGGUCGUCCUUGGGGGGCCCGGCCCUGCCCACGGGCAUCACUACUGUGGCAGCACCAGGCCCCCCACCCUCGUGUCGCUGGGCCACGAGCUACAGGUGGUUUUCAAGUCCGACUUUAACAUUGGAGGUCGGGGCUUCAAGGCCUACUACUUCUCAGGAGAAUGCCAGGAAGUGUACACGGCUGUGCGAGGCAACUUCUCCAGUCCACAGUACCCCAGCUCCUACCCUAACAACAUCCACUGCCACUGGACCAUCCGCCUGCCUCCUGGCUACCGGGUCAAGGUGUUCUUUCUGGACCUGGAUCUGGAGGGUCCCAGCAGCCUGACCAGGACCUGCGACUUUGACCAUCUGGCGGCCUUUGAUGGGGCCAGUGAGGAGGCGCCCCUCCUGGGGAAUUGGUGUGGCCACCACCUGCCAGCACCAGUCACCUCAAGUCACAACCAGCUUCUGCUUCUGCUGCACACAGACCGCAGCACCACCCGAAGGGGCUUCUCUGUGGCCUACAUUGGAGUCGUGCCCGUGAACGUGAGCUGCUCCCGCACGGAUUUCCAGAUCCUGAUCUCUGCACAGGCACUGGCACCGCUGGAGCGGACCAAGGUCUACCUGGGCAGCCGGAGCUGUGCCGCCCAGGAAGUCGGCAGCACCUUCCGGAUCCAGGCCCGCUUCGACACCUGCGGCACCGAGUCUCAGAGGAGGAACAACACGUCGGUGAUCGUCAGCGUGCUGUACAUUGACUUCUCGGCUGGUGGGCAGGAGGACAUCCAUGAGUACGAGGUCCGCUGUGAGCCACGGCGCAAGGAGGCUUCUAUCCACCUGCUGUCUGGCUCCGACUGGCUGGGGCCCUAUGCCGCCACAGCCGAGCAUCUUCAGGAAGCGCCACCCAGGGAUGAGGUGGAGGCCCUGGAGGGCCCUGUGGCCAUGGUGACCCAAGACACCAGUGACAUUGUCUUCCUGGGCCUUUGCAUCCUGGCUGGAGUCCUCAUGGUCAUUGCCAUCGUGGUCCUGAUGCUGCUGUGA